UCCAUUUUAGCCAUCAAAAUGUUACUUCUCCUCUUAUGUCUUAACGUGGUUGCAUCAGCAACUGAGCGAGCACCUUCCUACCUGAUUACUGCCCCGAAUAUCAUUCACAUUGGGGUGGAGGAAAGUGUCACUAUUCAAUUACAUGAUGCCAAAGACGUUGUUCACUUUCAAGUGUAUUGCUGGGACAUAAUCAAAAGGAAGAAAUGUUCAGAGACAGCACUGUUUACACUAAAUCCAGAAAACAAUUUCCAGGAGACAAAAACGAUCACGGUUUCCCAAAAGAAGGUUAAGGAGCUUUACCUUUGGCGACGUCGGCAAAAGUAUAUUUACUUGGCUGCUGAGAGUAAGGAAAUUCUCAAACAGCGAAGGAUGGUGCCUGUCAAACUGUCCAACAAAAAGGGUUACAUUUUCAUUCAGACUGACCAGCCAGUUUACACCCCCGGCCAAAUCGUAAUGUACAGAAUUUUUACGCUGGAUCACUACAUGAGGCCAGUAAAUGAUAAAAUCAGGGUUUCUAUAUACAACUCCCGCAACAUGCAACUCAUGGCUGCCUACUGGAUGUCAGAGAAAAUGAAAUUGCUCCGGACAAGAGUCCCCGAUAUUGAAGAACCCGGAAUUUGGCGAAUAGAGGCAGAGUUUUUGGAUUCACCCAUGUCCAAAGUUUCUGCGCAGUUUGAAGUGAAAGAAUUCGUUCUCCCCAGGUUUGAAGUCAAGGUACAAGCAGAUCAAAUGUUCUACCUUGUGACCAAGGAGGAGUUCAAGUUCAAAAUAGUGGCAAUGCAUACAUAUGGAGAGGCAGUCGAGGGUAAGGCAUUUGUGAGAUUCGGGAUCCUUCACGGAAUUAACAAGACGUAUGUUGGAGGUCUCGAACAAGAACUAACAUUGGUGAAGGGAGAAGUCAAUUCCUCUCUCAACACUCAAAGUCUAUUGGAAAAAUCCAACCUGAUGUCCAUUGAUGAGCUUGUGGGUCUGCAUCUCUAUAUGGCUGUGACUGCUGUAGAAUUAGUCAGUGGUGAAAUGGAAGAGAUAGAACUCAGCAGCAUCAAAUUUGUUUCUUCACCAUAUGUGAUGGAUUUGUCAAAAACAAGCCGCUUCUUCUCUCCAAUGUCUUUUUUCACUGUCAUCACAACUGUAACCUAUCCAGAUGGGACUCCAGCUGUCAAUGUGCCAGUGAAUAUUGAUGGAGGCCAAUCUACAAACACCAAUGAGGAGGGUGUGGCUGUCUUUCAAAGGGAGACUCGAGAAAAUGUCAGUGUUCUUAGCAUCAAGGUGACGGCUGGUGAUGGAAAACCUGGGACGGAAUUCCAAGAAACAAUGGUGACAGCCCAUGUCUAUCAAUCCCCCAGCAAGAGUUAUCUUCAUAUAAAGGCACCUCACAAGGUGCAGAAGGCAGGUCAAUACAUGAUUAUAGAACUGACAGCUAUCACAGAACUGGGCAGCGAAGAUAUUGAUUACUUUUACUACACUCUCUUAAGCAAAGGCAGGGUGAUUGUAUCUGAUAGGAUUCACAAGGCGGAUCCUACGAAGCUCCACUUUCAAGUGACACUUGACAUGGUACCUACGUUUCGCUUUCUUGCCUACUAUUAUGUUUCCACUGGAGGAAGAAGGGAAAUUGUGGCGAACUCAGUGUGGAUUGAUGUGGAGGAUCAGUGCGACGGGCAGAUAGCAAUAACAGAAAGCGAUGCUUUCUAUGGACCGGGUGAUUCGUUUGACCUGCAAUUCUCCACCAAUGAUGCAGCAAAUGUGUCUUUUGUUGCUGUUGAUUCAUCAAUGUACAUCCUAAACAACAAGAAUAAACUCACAGUCCGGAAGGUAUUUGACGCAAUGAAUGCUUAUGAUCUGGGAUGUUUCUAUGGAGGUGGAGUUAACAGUGUUGGUGUUUUCAGGGAUGCCGGGCUGAGUUUUAUCUCUGAUGUGGACGUAGCCUCUAUUAGACAUGAAUAUUCCUGCAGAAACGAAAUCAGAAGAAUGAGGAGGGAAUUAAAUCUGCAGCGGCAAUUUGCUGGAAAAUUAAACGAAUACCCAGAUCGCAGAUUGCGGAAAUGCUGCAUGGACGGAAUUACUAAGAUAUUAAUGCAGCUUAGCUGCGAGCGGCGAGCAAGUCGGGUCAAGGAGGUGGAUUGUCGACAGGUUUUCAAGAGCUGUUGCAUCUAUGGAGUGGAACUGAGGAAGAAUCAGACGCUGAAGGUGAAUUCGAUAGCGCGAUCUGCUGUGAAUGAAGAGGAAGAAUUUUUCGAUGAAACUUCCAUUCACGUACGUAGUGUAUUUCCACACAGCUGGCUAUGGAAAACAGUCGAGGUUUUCAGUGCGGGAGAUCACAAAAAAUUGAAUGUCUCCUUGAAACCAUUGCUGAACAUCAAAAAUGAAUUUAUUUUUAGCCGUUGUAAUUGCUGCUGUGCAGAGAAAGAGUGGCAAAGAAUGAAGCCUUCAACCAUUUCAAAAAGCACCUAUGAAAUAUCUGAAGAGGAGCCAUCUAACUUGGUACCUGACACUGACAAUUAUAUGUACAUCCGUGCCACAGGGACAGUAAUGGGAGAGGCAGUGGAGAACUCACUAAGUGCUGCUGGAAUUGACAAUCUCAUUAAAGUCCCGACUGGUUGUGCGGAGCAAACGGCGAUGCAUAUGGCCCCUACAGUCUUUGCUGUUGAAUACCUUGACCAAAGCGAUCAAUGGCUAUCACUUAAAGCCGAACGCAAGGACGAAGCAAUCUUCCACAUUGAAACAGGGUAUAAUAGAAUUUUGGGAUAUAAGAAAGAUGACGGGUCCUAUGGAGCCUGGAAAACUUAUCCAAGCAGCACGUGGUUGACUGCGUUUGUUGUAAAAAUACUCUCAAUGGCGCGAACACAAAUUGUUGUCAAUGACAAAUUCAUUCGGGAAUCUGUAGCCUACCUCAUCCAUGGGCAAAAAGUAUCUGGAGCAUUUGAAGAUCCCCAUCCAGUGAUAACCAGAGACAUACAGGGUGGAGUUAGUGGAACUGAAAAAGAUGUCUCCCUUACAGCGUUUGUGGCAAUAGCAUUGCAUCAUUCCUUGGCGGCCUUUCAACUGAAUAAUAUUGCAGAGAUUUCACGAGUGGAAAAAAGCAUUGAAAGUGCCGUUAAAUUUUUGCAUGGCGAGCUGCUGAAUAUUAACCAGUCUCACACCAUUGCCAUCACUGCGUACGCACUUGCCCUCGUGAAGGCAGAUGUGGAUAAAGUUCUCAAAGCUGAUAGAAAAUUGAAAGCACUCGCAUCCUAUGACGAUGGCAAGGAAAAGGGGAAGAGAAAAGAUGAAUGCUUGUCUCAAGUGUUUGUGUUCGGGGAGGGAUUUAGACUCCUGGAUCUGAAGGAACAUUUGUGGGGAUGGUGUAUCCUCUACAAGUGGGCUGGUCUGCAGCUGAACCAGAAAGGAACCAAAAUCCUUGCACAAUGGCGAGAUAGUGACGAUGAGGAGAGUCAGUUCCAGUCUGGAAUGGCAAUUGUGGAUAUUUCACUCCUCAGUGGUUUGGAACCUGAGCUGGUGCAACUUGAUAAGCUGAAAAACGGAGUUGACAAGUACAUCGAUCACUAUGAUUUCAAAGAUGGAAGGGUCAUACUUUAUUUGGAUACGGUCCGUGAGGAGAAAGAAUGUGUCGUGUUUGCCACCAAACAAGUUGUGCCAAUGGGUUUAGUGCAGCCAGCAUCAGCCACUCUAUAUGAUUUCUAUAAUCCAAGUAUAAGAUGCACUGUGGCGUACAAUGCUCCUGAAAUGAAUCCUAUGAUUUCCAAGAUCUGCAACAGUGAAGUUUGCGUUUGUGCUGAAGGUUCUUGUCCUCAACUUAAGGACAUCUUGUCCACUGAGGUGAGUGGAUCAGCUCGGAUAGACUUUGCCUGCUACAGUCCAAUUGUGGAUUACGCUUAUACAAUCAGAGUUGACAAUAUUACUACCACUGGAUAUUUUGAAAACUACCAGGUCUUGGUUACUAGACUUCUGAAAAUGGGCAAUAAGGACGAAGACGUUAAAAUCAAUGACAUCCGACAUUUCCUGAAGCGGAGAUCCUGUCAGAUUCAGCUGAAGAAAGGUGAAGAUUAUUUUAUCAUGGGCCAAGAUGGGAGAAGCAUCGAUGAAAGUGGCAAGAUUCAGUAUUUAUUUGAUGCUAAAUCGUGGAUUGAAGAAAUUCCAUCAGCUGAUACCUGUGAGCUUCGGAAAUACCGAAGUGCCUGCAAAAGCCUGAAUGAUUUCAUGGACGAUCUUGCAAAUCGUGGAUGCCAGAUAUAGCCAAACAGAACUUCAAGGCUGACAUUUUAAAUCCAUACUGCUAAAUGUAAUACAAUAAUUGUUCUGUAUGAUAAAUUUUAGAAAAUUAUAUCAUUUAUAAAACUUCAA